AUGGCAGCCCCAAAUUCUGUAGCAACUUCUAUUGGCCAGGGUCAAAAGGUGCCUGGUUUUGCCAAGCUUCAGGGUGAAAAUUUUGUGUACUUCAUACAAACUUAUUCAGUCAUCUUGGGACGCAACACUGAAAGCUAUAGUGUAGACUUUGAUCUCUCAAAAUAUGAAUGCAGAAGCCAACGAGUUUCACGUUGCCAUGCAUGUAUAUUCUAUGACUUUAAACUCCGCCAUUUUGUCAUUGAAGUCAUUGGAAGAAAAGGAUGCACCAUUCGGGGGGUCUCUUAUCUCCCAGGUAGUGUCCCUAUUAAAUUGAAUUCUCAGGACCUCCUUGAGAUUGCUGGCAUAAAAUUCUACUUUCUCCUACCAUCUCGCUCCAUCUUUGACACUAUUGCUUCUCGGGAUACUACUUCAUUGCCUCCACAAUCUUCAUCCCUUUUGCACCCUGCUGAUUACCAUGGGCAUCCAAGUGCUAAUGAUUGUAGCCAUAGCAAUGGUGAGAAUGGUGUCAAAAUAACCAAUGACAGGAAAGGAAACUUGGAGAAACAAAACUGGAGUUUUUCUGGAGAAUUGGAUAUAUCUAACUGCAAUGGCAUCAGUAAUGCUGACCUAGUUGGAACACUUGAUGGGGUCAGCAAGCUAGAUAUACAAAGUGCAGAGAAGGACAUAGAUGAUCAACAGCUCCUACUAGAAGAAGAGGAGGUAGCGACGUGUCUUGCAGCCCUGAUAUCUGACCUAUCUGGUCCUAGAAAAUGGGUGCCUAUGGAAAAACUCCAUUCAGAGCUUUUUGAACGCUUUGGUCAGAAUUGGCCCCAUGAUAGGGUCAGCAAGUACUUAUCACAAAAGGGCAUGUCAGGCUCUUCAAUUGGAGAUGGUAGGCCAUGGUGCAGCUUGUGGACGCUAUUCAAGAAGUACCCGGAGCAUUUUGUCAUGAGCACUGUGACAAGAGGACAAGCAGUAUCAGAGUAUGUUGGCUUGUACCAUCUGGUUUCUUUGGAAAAUGAAUCGUGAAUCCAAGAUGCAUUCUGAGUAUUCUCAAGCCAUCGUGAUCCUAUGAUCUAAAAAAACUAGGACAUAUUAUUGUUAGCAUUUGAAAUCUGAAAUUCAUGUUGCAGAUGCUAUGUUGUAUUGUAAACCUAUGCACCUUGGAUGAUGUGGGUACCUUUAGGAUUGAUCUGUGCACUUCAGUGCUAGGGUUUGGAAACUUUGCUUUUGAAAUAGUUGUAUCUGUUGGGAGAAUAUGAAUUAUCAGUGUAUUCCUCCAGUUUAGAUCUGUGGUCACAUUUUUUAUUUCCCUUGCUGC